AUGGAUGCUCUUCAGAGGACUGAGAAUUCCAUUUAUAGAACAGCCUUCAAACUGCGAUCGGUGCAAACUCUCUGCCAGUUGGACUUGGUUCACAGUUCUCUGAUUCGGCAUGUCCUACUACGGCAAUGCUUCUGGGAAGCAAGAGAGAGCCCCUUCUCUGUGCAGCAGCUUCUUCAGACCCUCCAGGAGCUGUUUCGGAGAGUCAGUGUGGAAAACCCAGGCCAGGUGCAUCCCAGAGCUUCGGAGCUCACCCUGAGCCUUCUCACAGCCCUGUACGACAGCACCAGAACCAGCUUUGUCAAGCUCACCCCUGCAGCCGCGGCCCUGAUCGCCCUCUCCGGGGACAGCCCACUUACAAAAUACAGAGCUCUUUUUCAGCUCUAUGCAGGAAGCUACAGGGGAGCUAAUGAUUCUGGGGCACGCAUGACUCGAAGGGUUCUGAGAAACCUACUGGUAGACCUACAGCAGAUCCCAACUGUAGUGGGGGAGAGUCGUGUCCCGUCCUCUGUGGAAAGCGCUGUACGCAGCUGUUUCCAAGGGGUGUUGAGCCCAGCAAUCAAAGAGGAGAAAUUCCUGUCCUGGUUACAGGCUGAGCCUCCCAUCCUCCAGUGGCUGCCGACCUGCCACCGACUGUCAGCCACUGAAACGGUCACUCGCCCUGCUCGGUGUGGGAUCUGCAGGGACUUCCCGAUCACCGGGCUGAGAUACCACUGUCUGAAGUGUCUCAACUUCGACAUCUGUCAGGUGUGUUUCUUAUCUGGUCUUCACACAAAGGCCCACCCUGUGACGGAGCCCCGUGUCCAGGUGUCAGCAAAGGAGGGCACAAAACUGGUGCUCAGGCCCCUGAGACACAACCUGAUCCCAGGGCGCUGGAGGAGGCCGUGGCUGCUGGACCGCGUGAACCCGAAGGACGUGGCUGAGCAGGCCCAGGCCAGGCUCCUUAACAAACGGUUGAACCGAUGCAAAGACAAGUUGCAAGCCAUCUGUGCCUCCCAGGAAGAAAAAGGUUGCAGAUUUGAAACAAAGAUUCGUGAGCUCACAACCAUCCAGCAUAGUCUCUGGGCCAAGCUACAGCAGAUGGGACAGGAUCUACAGGCAGUGUUGCAGCCGCUACAUCCUUCGCCAUCUUCCAGUCAAAAUAUGGUUUCCAAGGGUGACCAUGGAAACGGUGAAAGGUUUUGGAAGGAAGGAGAUUCUUCCCAGAUCAAGAAUGCCGCUGAGGAUGCUUCUGAACAGGAGCCUCUUCCCGCCCCCAUCGUGACUGACAGAAGUCAAGCACACACACAGCGUGCUCUACCACACGCGGGAUCACCAGAGGCCGUUUUGCAGCCCAGGUCAAUGCGAAGCACCAGGGCACAAAGCCAAGCACAAAAGACCUCGAAGGGAAUCUUCAGCUCCCUACCCGGUUCCCAGAAAGGACUUUUGUGGGAUGCCCCCCAGAUUGCUCCUACUGAAAUGAACCGUCCUGCUCUGGCACCUGUGGAAAGAAAAGAGACAGCUAACACCCAGGAGGGAAAGGAUGAGCUGGAGGAGGACAAACUGCAGGAAUUGUUGUCAAAACUCACAGAUGCCUUCACUCUAGACACGCCGUCGGAGCCGCAGUCUUCAGGACACACGGAGCUGUAUCGCGGAGCUGAGCGAGUGCGAGGGGCCUUCUCUGCCCUUCUGGACCACGUCACCCUGCCCAACUUGAAGUGAAGAGGAGUCCAGGCUCAAAAGCCCCUUGGGAGAAUGAUGGAAUGUACGUUCAAAAUCUGUGUUAAAAGAAUUAAGCCUUCUGCCUCUCUCUCGAUAGUCCGGUGUGAAGCAUGAAGAGAAGUUUUAUUUUCUAAUCUCCCUAUUCACGUGUCUUGGUUCUUCAGAGUAAAGCCUCGAGAGUGAGGGGUGGUGGAGGGAAAUGAAAAGAAGAGGCCAGUCAGAUGGGAUGUGCUGAGCUCCCAGCAGAAGGCCGUUCUUACUUCGAAUACCUUGGUAGUAAUGUUCAAUUGUGAGAUCUACAUGAAUUCAUGCAACUGUUUUCUUCACUAUCAUUUAAAGUACUGAACCGAUGACCUGAUUUUCUAUCUAGAUGCUCCUCUUGGAGACUAAGCUUCGGCAAAGAACUAAAUACAUACAUACAUACAUACAUACACACACACACACACACACAAAUUGAGUGCAUGCACAGCUGAAUCUGAAUAAACUGGUUGCACCAGUGUCCAUUUCCGGGCUGUGUUAUUGUGCUCUACUUAUGCAAGGUGUUACCAUUAAGGGAAAUUAGGUGAAGGAUAUACAGGAUGUCUCUAUAUUAUUUCUUACAACUGUAUAUGAAUCAACAAUUAUCUCAAAAUAAAUUUAUUAAAUUUUAAAACAUGAACGUUUCUCACUAAAACUCUGCAUCCAAUGAGUGUGGCCACAGUACCCAUAUGCCUCCUUUCUCCGUAUGUAUGAUUAGGAUAUAGAUGCUUAAUUUAAUAAUGUCCACAGUGUGGCUAAUACUUUUUGGCUGUUAGAGCACUUAGUUUCUAAGCACCUCUUAUGUACUAAUUCAUUUAAUCCUCCCAACAAACCCUUCCUGAGAAACUGAGGCACAAAGAGGGUCAGGAACUUGUCCAAAGUCAUGUGCUCAGUACCUGAUGACGCUGAGAUUUGAACCCAGCUCCUGAGCCUGUGCUCUAACCACUGCUCUCAGUAAAUCUUGUUACGAUUCCAUUGUUUUACCUGUUAGCUUGAGGUGCAGUCCAUGCUACACUUAGAGAGGCUGUGGAAUUUUGUUUGUGUGAUCUAUAAUUUCUGGUACUGUUUCCAGAGUGAAAUGACGUCCAGUCUUGUAUGAUUAGGACUGGCUUAUCCCUGUUCAGUCUCUCCCUGAUAUUUUUGAAUUUGCUUUUCAGCCUAUCACAAAUUUUUGACUCUGGUUUUGUUGUUUGACAUUUUCACUCUCCUCCUUACUUUAUCCCAGCUUGUUCCUUACAAGUUUGACAAGCAUGCCCUAGAGAAGCAUGUCAGCCAGCAACAGCCCACGGCCAAGUCCUGCCCCCUGCCUCUCUUGUACGGGCUGUGGGCUAAGAGUGGUUAUUACGUUUUGUUAAAUAAUUGAAAAGAUCAAAUGAAGAAUAAUAUUUUUUGACACUUGAAAAUGGUAUAGAUUCACAUUUCAGCGUCCAUAAACAAAGUUUUAUUGGGACGAAGCCAUGCUCAUUUAUUUACACAUUGUCUGUGGCCGCUUUCAUUCUACAAAGGCAGAAUGGAUCCGUGGCGACAGAGACCAGAUGGCCCGUAUCAUAUUUACUAUCUGACCCUUUGCAGAAAAAAUCGGCCACCCCUGCUGUGUAGCACCAAGGUGAGGACGGAGCAGGGGCGGACUGUUCUGUAAGCAUUGAGAGAGUGGCAUCUUUUCAACAUUUUGUAAGAGGUAAUGAGUUUAUGUGGCGGUUUUUAAGAAUAUGGUGAAAGACAUUAGAGAAAGUAGCAUGAAAGCAAAACCAUGAGCCUGUGUGGAAUGGCAGUCAGCGGAAGCUUUCUUUUUUUCUCAUUUCCUGUAUGAUUUUUUAAAUUAUUUUAUUGAGGCCAUAAUACUUUAUAAC